AUGCUGCCGUUACCUGCACCUUUUGUUAAAAGGGUUAUGCUACCUGAUUUUUAAGUGGAAGGGUCAUAGCUCCUCUGACUCCUCUCCCCUAGUUCCAGCAUCCUCUGAGUCCCCAGAUCCUUCACCUGCCCUAGGAGGCAGAGAAUUGGACCAGGAGCUGUUCUCAGGCACCCCAACCACCUAUCCAGAGCAAAUGGAAGGUCAGGAGUCCCCUGCAAGGACCUAAGCUCAUAGGAAGCUCUGGCUUCCAGCCUGGCCAAGAAGCAGAGCUCCCAGGAGGUGGGGAGCAGGGGACAUGGUCAGAGUUGUGGCACUCUUGGGCUUCCCCAAAUUGCCCAGGGACCUUAGGCAUGGGUCUCGUUGGCCCAUACAGUAAUCUGGCCUCUAUUUUGGUGCCACGGCAACAGCCCCUGGUUAUAAAGAACAAAAAAUGGAGCUGCAAAGUGUGUGGUGAGAAGCAGUCGUUGCUAAAGGUCUAUGGGCAAGGCUCUGGAUCUGACUGUAGACGCCAUGUCCAAAAACUAAACUUGCUGCGGGCUGGGACAGAGGUGGCAGCUAAAGGAACAUCUUGGUGUGUAGAAGAACUAGUGCAUGAUGACAAAGAAAACACAACAAUUCCACAGGAAGAAAAUUUGUGCUGGCAGGAACAAGAGCUGGAAUUCAGUCCCUUGGUCAGCCGCUGGAAUAAAUAUCUGGACAAGGACAGUGAAGAUCAGGAGGAGUGUACAGACAAAGAGCAGCUGUAUUCCCCUAAAAGGAACAUUGUGGCAGAACAAAGAAAACGCAAGAGCAGCUUCCACCACAACGAUGCUCAGGAGUGCUUGGAGGAAAAGGAGGUUUAUGGGCUCACUUACCAAGCCAAGAAAGUCAAAACUUUUGAGAACAGGAAGGAUUUUACAGCUGUAGCUGAACGUGACUCUGGCGAUUACGUAUGUAACCAGGUUGUGGUUCCUGCUAUCACACUAGCUCAGUCAUCUGAUGUCAUCGUGUCCAAAUGGGAAAAAUUUAUCCUGUCUCCCAACAGCUAUAAUAAUGGUAACACAAUCCUUGCAACGCAGAAGAGCAGUUGGAAGUUAGAGAGACAGAAUGCCACAGCAGGAAACUUCCUAAUGUCUGAUGGAUAUCCAGAGCAAAAGGAAAAUUCUGUAUCUCUAGGCACAGGUGCCCAAACUGAAAAGAACUUCACCAACAAUAAGCAUACAGCUCAGAAAUGUGCCACAAAGCUACAUAGCACAACACUGGCUGCCAGUGUACAGACUGCCUUUGACAUCAGCCAUGCAUCUACUGGGGAUGUGCUUUCUGGAAAAUAUAAGGACCACCUGAUUAGAGCAGGGUCUCAUGUUGCAGAGAAGAAUGAAGGAAGGCUAUGUUUGGCCUGCACUGUUGUGCCAGCAAACUGUCUAUCCAAGAAUGCUGUGACCUUUGCUUCUAUAGAGCCUUCUGCUGGCAAUAGAGGAGGGCCUCAGAUUCUUGCUGCUCCAAAUAGCAGCUUGUUUUGCACGGAUGAUGAUUUUGAUGAUGAUCUUUGAAAAGUUCCAGGCUCUGCACUUAACUUUCUCUCCCCACCGUUUGAGAGAGAGGCUUUUACUUUUCUAUCCACUACUCAUCCUUCUGUCCCUGAAGUUGAUCAAAGUGACACACAGUAUGGGCUACUGAAUACCAUUAGUGUUUUGCAGUUUGUUAGAACAAUGCACAUUUUCAUGCUCCCCAUUUUGCCAGAUAGAAGGGAUGUGGUAAACUGUUUUUAGCUUGUUAGAGGUGAUAAGCAUAAAUACUCUAUAAAGAAACUGUUUUUCAAA